AUGGAAUAUUUGAGACAACAUUUCAAUAUUACCGAAAAAGAAUUGAAUCAAUUUUUAGGUACAGAAAUUGUGCAAAAAUCUGAUGGAUCAAUUGUAAUGCACCAAGGGUUGUAUUGUAAAAGAAUAUUGGAGAAGUUCAAUAUGACUGAAGCAAAUCCAGUUCAAAUACCAGCAGAACCUCAACAUUCAUUAGAUGACAAGCAACAAAACACCAAUCUAACUAUACUCUGUCCAGCGAGAGAACGUGCCGCGCACCGACCAAAACUGGUUCCCCCACACAACACUCUGCCAUAG